AUGACGGACACCAAAGAGGAAAAGCUGGCCGCCGUCGACUACGGCCUGGGCGAUCUGCAUGAUGACCAAGCCCUGUUGCGUCGGAUCGACUGGCGCAUCCUGCCGACGAUGUUCUUGACCUACUUGCUGCAGUUUCUGGACAAGGUGGCUUUGAAUUAUGCCAACGUGAUGGGGAUGCAGGAUGAUCUGGGAAUGCAGGGCAAUGACUUCUCCUGGCUGGCUACGGGGUUCUUCAUCGCUUAUGCGGUUGCUGAGAUUCCCCAAGGCUUCAUGCUGCAACGAUACCCGGUCACCAAGGUGCUCGGAGUCAACAUUCUCUGCUGGGGGGUGCUCUUGUGCUGUUCGGCCGCGGCUCAGAACUUCGCCGGGAUGUUGUCACUGAGAGUGAUCCUUGGGGCGCUGGAAGCGGUCAUUGCCCCUGCUCUGACGAUGUAUACUAGCAUGUGGUAUACGCGGGCUGAGUCGACCCCGCGAUACGGCCUGUGGUAUUGUGGCCUGGGCACCGGUCAGAUAGUCGGCGGGUUGAUCUCCUUCGCGGCGCAACAUACCGCGCCCACGCUCGCUUUCCACGGGUGGCGAAUCAUGUUCGUGGUCAUUGGGGGGGUGAACAUUCUCGCGGCACUGCUGGUCCUCCUCGUACUCCCGGUCACUCCGGCCGCGGCGGGGUUUCUGAGCGCCAGCGACAAGGCCCGCGUAGCCCAGCGGCUGCAACAGGAGCAGGCUGGUGGCGUAGAGGGGGAGAAGGGCCUGCGCCCGAGGUCGUUUCUGGAAGCGUUCGCCGAUCUGCAAACGGCCCUGCUCGUCCUCUUGACCAUCCUGAUCACCAUUCCCAGCGGCGUCAUCACCACCUUCUCCUCCAUUCUGAUCAAGGAGUUCGGGUACAACUCCCAAGAGAGCGCCCUGCUCAACAUGCCCUCUGGGGUGGUCAGCAUCGUGGCGACCAUGGGAUCCACCCUGGCCAUUGCUCGGGGCUACUCCCGGUGGCUGGCGAUUAACCUGCUUCUACUGCCCACCUUGCUGGGUGCGUGUUUAAUGUCUUUCCUGCCGUCCUCAAAUCAAGCCGGCUGUCUGGCGGGUAUAUACCUGGUAAACACGACUGUCGCGCCGCUAGCACUGAUUUUCGCAUGGACUGGUGCAAACUACAAGGGCUACAGUAUGAAGGUGGCGGGGAGUACGCUCGUCUCGGCCGGGUUCAGCAUCGCCAACAUCAUCGGCCCGCAGACCUUUCAAGCCCGCGAUGCUCCAGAGUACGUCACUGCCAACAUCUUCCUCUUCUCCCUGUUCUGCGUUGGUCAAGGCGACUUUACUAACCGAUACAGGUAUAUUCCCGCCAAGAUCACGAUCGUCGCCGUCAACGCCGGUGCCAUUGUCAUCUCCACUACGCUGCGGGUGGUCUACGGCCGUCGGAACGCGCGGGCGAAUCGACUAGGGCACGCUGCAGGUAGUCGCAUUGAGCGACAGCUGGAGGGUGCUGGGCGAGGGGGCGAGGAGGUUGACUUUCCUCUCCCCGUCCUUGGUUCUUCGAUUACACUACAAAUGCUCACCCUCAUCACCGGAGCCAACGGCUUCAUCGCCGCGCACUGCAUCGCCGCCCUGCUGCGCGCCGGCCACUCCGUCCGUGGAACAGUGCGCACCUUGGAGAAAGCCAGUGCCACUGUAGCUGCCCUACAUGCUGCCGGAGUCGCCCCGCUGGACCGCCUGGAAAUUGUCGUGGUGGCCGACCCCACCGACCUGGGGCAAUUCGCUCCCGCGGUGGCCGGCUGCGACGCCAUCCUCCACCUCGCCUCGGCCUUCACCUACGACGCACAACCAGGACAAUUCGAGCAGCAACUCCUGCUACCUGCAAUUCAGGGCACGACCGUCGCGUGCGAGGCGGCGCAGCGUUGUCCGACCGUACGAAAGCUGGUCAUCAUGUCCUCGUUCGCGGCGGUCUACGAUGCGGCGCAGGGCUUGCAGCCUGGUCGGGUGUAUACGGAGGAGGACUGGAGUCCGCUGGGGUAUGAGGAGGGGCGGGACACGGAGAAUGUGGCCAUCGCAUACCGCGCAUCCAAGGUCCUCGCGGAACGGGCCGCCUGGACAUACGUCAAAGAGCAUGAGGUGGACUUCCAGCUGGUGACGCUUUGUCCCGGAAUGGUGUUUGGGGAAAUGAUCCAUCCGAUCGCCUCGCUGGAGCAGCUGAACGCCAGUAAUCGGAUCGUCUGGGAGGUGGCGCUGGGGGGUCGAGAUGCACUCCCGCCCACCAAGGCUCCGGUGUGGGUGGAUGUGCAAGACCUAGCUGAGACCUGUCUUCACGCCUUGACGACGGCCCUUCCCUCGCACCACCGGUUUCUGGUCACUGAAGGUGCGUACGACACACAGGAGAUUGCGGACCUCCUGCGCGAGGCCAUUCCCACGGCUCGAGAGCGGGUUCCAAAGGGGAGUCCAGGGGACAGGAUACGGGACACCCAUUACGCUUGCGAUGCUGGCAAGGUGAGGCAGAUGCUCGGGGUCCAGUUUCGGAGCUUGCGCGAGUCGAUUGUUCCUUUGGUGGAACAGUUGUAUGCGAUGGAGGCUGGCCAGGAUGGCGCAAGGAUAUAG